GCUGUACUGUGCACCGAGUACCACCCCAGCCAUGAGCGCAAACGUACUGCAGACGACGACGCCGUUCGAUUUCAUCGGAGGCCCAGACAAAGAGAAGCUCGUUGCCGAGUUCAAGGGAAAGCCUCUCAAUGCGCUCAGAACUCCCGCUCUGGUCGUGGACCGCGCGGUCUUCAAGAAGAAUUGCGAGCUGAUGCACGAGAACGCAAAGCAAUGGGGCGACGUGUUCAGAGCGCAUGUGAAAUCGCACAAGACAGCGGAGGGGACGCGGAUGCAGUUGGUUAGCAGUGUGGACAAGACGGACGCGAUCGUCGUGUCCACCCUUAUGGAAGCCUACGGUGUGGUGAGAGCAGGGUUGGUCGCCGACGGGACCGUCAAAGACAUCCUGUACGGACUGCCGGUGGGUUUGAACAAAGUACAGGACCUCUCGUCGCUGUGGGACGAGAUAGCACCAUUCGACGCAGUCAUCCGUUUGUUGGUCGACCAUCCAGAGCAAGUCAAGUUUCUAGAGGCGUUCGAGCAAACCAGAGCGCAACCCCGGCAAUGGUCUGUGUUCAUUAAAGUUGACUGCGGUUCCAAACGUGCGGGUCUGCAAGCCAACACACCAGUCUUCCAGGAGCUGCUGCAAGCCGUAUUCUCCUCCCCUGCAGUCUCUGUGCACGGUUUCUACACCCACGGGUCGUCAUCUUAUGCGUCGACGUCAGUGUCCGAGGCGUCGUCCUACUUGACCAUUGAACUCGAGGCAGUAAACACGGCGGCCGGCGUUGCGCUGGAGUUUCUAAAGAGCCAUCCGGAGUUGACAGGCCCAUCGAAGCCGUUCGUCAUCGCGGCGGGGUCCACACCGUCCGCCCACGUCGCGACAGCAGAGGCCAGAGCACAAAUCAAGGCUCACCUAUAUGGCAUACUCGAGAUACACGCGGGGAACUACCCGCUCCUCGACUUGCAACAGGUGAACACCAGCCUAGUCGACCACAGGCGCGUCGCCCAACGCGUCCUCACGACGGUCGUCUCGUAUUACCCUGGGCGAGGCAAGGACGGCACAGACGAAGCCCUCUGCGAUGCAGGCGCAAUCGCCAUGAGCAAGGACAGUGGGCGUAAGCCUGGUUUCGGGGAGGUACUCGGAAAGCCGUGGAGUCUAGGGCGUAUUUCGCAAGAGCAUGGCGUCCUAACGCAGACAGGCGCGGCAGAGAGGGAGGAAGAUAAGGUGAAAGUAGGCGACAUCGUCGAGAUUGUCGGGCAGCAUGCGUGUUUGAUACUGGCGGCGUACCCGUGGUACUAUGUGGUGGAUUCGGACACGGACAGUCAGGGCGAGGUCGUCGAGGACGUUUGGGUACCCUGGAAGGGCUGGUGAAGCAGACAUUAUGGUAGUGCCGUGGUAUGGUCAAUAUGUAGUUCAGUUGGUCUGGAAUUGAAGACAGCAAGCGUAUGCCUGUCGAAGGAGCUGUUGCAGACCGAGUCGUGCGCGCA